AUGACAACACCUGAGCCCAGAGGACCCUGCAGGUUUUCUCCCACGCCGCAGACGGUUCCAGGGGUGGAGAGCUUCGAGCGGAGCGACUCUGGCGAAAGAAGGCGAGCAUCAGCUAUCGGCAGAGCGAUCAAGGUAGAGACGGAGACCGAAUCAUCGGAGGAGGAACAUUGCGAAGGAACUGCGGCGACGGAGGCUUCUCCUGGCGACUUCGACAGAGAAAUGAACAACGCGCAUGCGCAGAUGAACACAGAGAACUACGGAGGACAUUAUGAAGAGGAAGGACCACUCAGGCUAAUUCACAGAAUACCCACACCAUUCUGUGACUUUCAACACUUACGAGACCAUGGACUACCCCCAGUUGUCAACCAGAACCCAAAGCUCUUACCAAACAUCACCCUGGGCUACAAGAUCUAUGAGAACUUUUACAAUGCAAGGUUAACAUACGAGGUCAUGAUGGAUUUGCUGUCUACGGGGCAGGAGAAUGUCCCAAACUAUAGCUGUGGAAAGCAAAAUAAUCUUUUGCCUCUGCUUGAAGACACUGAUUCUGAUCUCUUUAGUCAAAUUUCCACCAUGCUGAGCAUCUACAAAAUCCCACAGAUUAAUUAUGGGGUCAUCAGCCACAUUCCAGAGCAGAAACAUCAUUUUCCUUUUUUCUACCGGGUGACUCCAAAACAAGAACCUCCUCACUUGGCAAUUGUCAAGUUGCUCCUGCAUUUCCAAUGGACGUGGAUCGGCCUCGCUGCUCCGGACAAUGAAAGUGGGGAAAAGUUCAGAAGAACCUUUGUGCCAGAAGCCCUAAAGAAAGGCGUCUGUGUUGCCUUCUCGGAAAGCUUACCAAUGGUUAUUGAAGUAGGGAAGAACAAGAACGUUCUUCAAUAUUUUAGUGACACUAAAAUUUACAAUCUUUCUGUGGAUGAUGUUUAUUUGGAUGAGGCUGGAAUUCCUGUUGCUGACUUUGAUAUUAUGGACUGGGCAGUAUUUCCUAACAAGUCUUCUGCUGGGGUGAAAAUAGGGAAUAUUGGAAAAGAAGAAGUCUCUGCGGAUAUCAAGUUCUCUAUCGAUGAGAGUGUAAUCAAAGCCCCUUUUUCUAGGUGUACUGAAAGUUGCCUCCCAGGAUACACGAAACUCACAAGAGAAGGAGAACCAGUGUGCUGCUAUUACUGCUCUCCAUGCAUAGAAGGAACAAUCUCCAUCCAGGAAGAUGCAGCACAUUGUGAAAAGUGUCCAGAUGAACAGUACUCCAACAAGAAGCGAGAUCAGUGUGUCCCCAAAAUCAUAACGUUCCUGUCCUACAAAGAAAUGUUAGGUCUUAUCCUGGCUAUCACAGCCUUAUUUUUGUCUCUAAACACUGCCUUAAUUCUAGGAAUCUUCAUCAAAUACCGAGAAACUCCCAUAGUCAAAGCCAACAACCGGGAUCUCACCUACAUUCUCUUGGUCUCUCUCCUGCUUUCCUUUUUGACAUCCCUUCUCUUCAUUGGUAAGCCCCAGAAAGUGACCUGCCUUCUACAACAAAUCACCUUCAGUGUUGUUUUCUCAGUUGCCGUCUCUUCCUUGCUGGCCAAGACUAUCAUGGUGGUGGUGGCAUUUUUGGCCACAAAACCAGGCAGCAGGAUGAGGAAAUGGUUGGGGAAAAGUCUGGCCAACUCCAUUGUCUUGUCCUGUUCUGGGGUUCAGGUUGGUAUCUGCCUUACAUGGCUGGGAAUUUCUCCCCCAUUUCCACAUUCUGACCUGCAUUCUCAACCAGGAGAAAUCCUCCUGCAAUGUAAAGAAGGCUCAGCCAUCAUGUUCUACACUGCCCUUGGCUACAUGGGCUUUCUGGCUGCCAUCUGCUUCUUGGUGGCUUUUCUGGCCCGCAAACUUCCAGGGACUUUCAACGAAGCCAAGUGGAUCACCUUCAGCAUGCUGGUCUUCUGCAGCGUUUGGAUCUCCUUUGUCCCCACUUACCUGAGCACCAAAGGGAAGUACAUGGUGGCUGUGCAGAUCUUCUCCAUCCUGGCCUCCAGCCUGGGCUUACUGGGCUGUAUUUUUGUCCCCAAAUGUUACAUCCUUAUUCUGAGACCUGACAUGAACACUAAGGAGCAACUAAUAAUGAAAAACAAUGAGGGCUCUUGA